UCCAUAUACCACCGACCGAGUAUAUGACGUGUGAGAGAGAAUCCACAACGGUUUUAGAUAUCUUCACUCCCUCAAUCGGUGUUCUCUAUAAGAAGCAUUGGAGAGAUCAUAAAAAGAAAAUAAUAUUCUAUGGAUUCAGGCUCCAUGGAACUCAAAGUGAUGUAUUGUAAAGACGUAAACUCAUUCAAUUUCUUCAAAAAACUCUUAGUUUAUGUUCUUGUUUCAAUCGUGAGAGAUGAUGGUGGUGGUGAUACUGAUAAAAAACAACUGGAGCUGCAGAAACAGCAACAAAGAACACCCACUGACACAGAAGGAGAUGGGAAUCCCGAAUGGAAUCACCAGAUGCAUUUCGAUCUGACCGAGGUUUCAUUUCAAGAUUGUGAUCAUUUCUUUAUCCACUUCGAUCUCUGUCAUGAAGGUCUCUAUUUUGGAGACAAAACUAUUGGGAAAGUUCGUGUACCCUUGAAAGAUUUGAUCCAGGAGGCUAAUGGAAUUGUCAGGUUUUUGAGUUACGAGGUUCGAACUCCAGAUGGAAAACCCAAUGGCGUGCUAAAAUUCUCCUGUAAGGUGAAGAACAUGGGGACUAAUUCUUCACAAGCUGGCAUCACUGGGUAUCCAAUAGUCAAUAAUCAGCCAUAUCCAACAUCGGAAGUUCAAAGUUUAUCAGAACAAGCUCAUUAUCCAACGUUGGAUUUGGAAGGUAACUCCCAGGAAACAGACACUGUGUCUCAAGUUCAUUAUACAUCAGAUUGGAUACAAUAUUCCUCCCAAGAGAAUUAUUAUCCGCCACCAGAAGCCUAUUAUCCACCGCCACCGCCGCCACCAGAAGCCUAUUAUCCACCACCACCACCACCAGAAGCCUAUUAUCCACCACCACCACCAGGACCACCACCACCGAUGGUGGAUGGGGCAUGGGGAUGUAACUGCCCGCCUCAGCCUCCACUGUUCCAUACUUGGCCUCCUGGUGCUAAUAGACAAUUGCCGACAUAUGCUGACGAAGAGAUGCGGGCAAAUGAUUUGAGAUUGGGGAGAGUUCAUCAUUCAUCGUUUUGGAAUGGCAGGUCCUGGAAGAUGUAGCAAUUGAGUGCACAAAUUUGUCAAUCAAUUCCCUAGUUAACUAGCAGAAUCGAAGCACGAUUAAAAGAAAUUGUAUUCAAAAUAAUUGUACUAGACUGGUGUACAUUUUGUGUAUAUGGCUACCGUUAUUUUGAUUGCUCAAAGGAAUAGCUUGCAACCCUCUUGGAAUUGGUAGCUGAGAACAAACCAGUUCCAAUCCUUUGAAGCAUUCUAAUUCCAGAGGGUUUCCUAGCUAAAGCUCUUGAUAAAGGGACAGAUGCGAUCAAAGACAGGGACUAGCAUAACGAUUGUCAGGUUUGUGAAGGAUAGAAGCGUAGCAGUUGGUAUUAUGAAGCCUGAUGCAAUUGUUCUAUCCUUACUAGCUCCUUGCAUGGUGAAAAAUGUCGAGUAUUGUGCAUCUACAAUGGCAUAUAAUAGAUUUGUAGCCCUUAUAGGAAUAAACGCUUGGCACUGCCUUCGCUUCUUGAUCUUCAUCAAUACUGCAUACCCCGUCUUCUCCAAAGCAAUCCAGCGCAAGAAAGGCUUUGUUGAGGAACCUGUAACAUUGGAGGAUCCAAAUUUCCAGGUCAAGGAACUUCUUUAUCUAUAGACAACAUUAAAGUUCCAGUUGUUCG